AUCUGGCCGGAUUCAGAGCAGCACCACUUACUCACGGCGCUGCUGUAGAUAUUAAAGCAGCCUGUCGCUACAAAGGCGUUUUCUCUUCUGGAGCUGCAUCCAGGCGGAUGCGCAGUAGAGGCGAUCCCGCACAGCUGCAGCCUCAAAGCCACACCGGGACCCUUCAGGUUGCGUUUUGCCCGUGGUCUCUCACUCUCUCUCUUUUUCUCGACAGGGGAAAUUAGAGUAAUAUUUCACCGCUUAGAGAGGAUCGCAAAGGAGUCUUCCUUUAUCUGCUGGUUAUGGAUUUCUUGAAGGGCAUCGCUGGUUUCGCAGGCCGUCACAUGUUAUAGGAACCAAGACGCGUGUUUCGGGACACCUGAAUUAUCUCCAAGCGGCAAUUUUAGGCAAGACACUCAGUAUGCUGCCAGCCCUCCUGGGAGGAAAUAAGCUCAAUCCCACCUUCCUUUGACUUGGCUCGAUGUUUCAGCUACAAGGUGUAUCAACCUGAUAAAAAGCCAAAUGGAGUCUCUCCUGGUGUAUCUGAUAGUCCUCGGCGUGGCUGUGAAGGCACACAAAGUUCAAAUCUGUCCCAAGCGCUGCGUCUGCCAGGUGCUUAACCCCAAUUUGGCCACACUGUGUGACAAAAAGGGGCUUCUGUUUGUGCCCCCUAACAUUGACAGGCACACGGUGGAGAUGCGCCUUGGGGACAACUUUGUAACCAGCAUCAAACGCAAAGACUUUGCAAACAUGACCAAGCUGGUAGAUCUGACUCUCUCUCGGAACACUAUUGGCUCCAUCGCACCGCAUGCUUUCAGAGACCUGGAGAACCUACGAGCCCUUCACCUUGACAGCAACCGGCUAACCCGCAUCACCAACGACACCUUCAGUGGCAUGUCCAAGUUGCACCACCUCAUCCUCAACAACAACCAGCUCACCCACAUCCAAAGCGGGGCCUUUAAUGACCUGACAGCACUGGAGGAACUGGACUUGUCUUAUAACAACUUGGAAAGUGCCCCUUGGGUGGCCAUUCAGAGAAUGUCCAAUCUCCAUACGCUCAAUUUGGAUCAUAACAUGCUUAGCUACAUCCCAGAGGGUACCUUCUCUGGGCUGCAGAAGCUUAAGAGACUGGAUGUGACCUCCAACAAGCUCCAGAAGCUUCCUCCUGAUCCUAUUUUCCAGAGAGCCGGGGUCCUGGCAACCUCUGGGAUAAUGGGACCUACGUUGUUCGCGCUCAGCUUCGGGGGGAACCCGCUGAGGUGUAACUGUGAGCUGCUUUGGCUGCGGAGGUUGCGGCGGGAGGAUGAUUUGGAGACCUGUGCUUCACCACAACACCUUGCUGGACGUUAUUUCUGGACUGUUUCGGAGGAAGAGUUCCUUUGUGAGCCUCCUCUCAUCACCAGACACUCUCAGGAGCUGCAAGCUUUGGAGGGUCAGAGCGUGACUCUGCGCUGCAAGGCUAGGGGCGACCCUGACCCCAUUAUCCACUGGAUUGCACCCGAUGGACGCCUUAUGUCCAACUCCUCCAGGGCUGUAGUCCACACCGAUGGAACGCUGGACAUCCUAAUCAGCACUGUGAAGGACUCUGGUUCCUUUACCUGCGUGGCUUCCAACCCAGCCGGAGAGGCCCAGCAGACAGUGGAUCUGGUCAUUACUAAACUCCCUCACAUCACCAAUAACACAGUGGCAGAGCAGGAGCCUGACCCCGGCUCAUCAGAUAUCGCCACAGUGACCAAGACGGGGGCAGAGGCAGGAGGGGUACCGCUGGGGAAUGCAAAGACGAACCAGGAGAAGAAAGUAGUAAUUGCUGAGGCCACCUCGACCUCAGCCCUGGUCAAGUUCAAUUUCCACAGGAGUAUUCCUGGAAUCCGCAUGUUUCAGAUCCAAUAUAAUGGAACUUAUGAUGAUUCACUGGUAUACAGGAUGAUACCCCCCACCAGUAAGAACAUCCUAGUAAACAACCUAGCGGCUGGUACGCACUACGACUUGUGCGUGCUGGCCAUCUACGACGACCAGGUGACCUCACUGACUGCCACUAGGGUGAUAGGUUGCGUCCACUUCACCACUGAGCCGCAGUACCUGAGAUGCCAUUUCAUGCAGUCCCAGUUUCUCGGUGGUACCAUUGUGGUUAUCAUCGGAGGGAUUAUCGUGGCCUCUGUGCUCGCUUUUAUCAUUUUCCUCAUUGUGCGUUAUCGGGUGUGUAACCAUGGGGAUGGAGAUAAGGCGCUAGAGAUGGGGGAUAUUAGGUCACUGAGCAGUGAUGGACAGCUACAAGGCUGUGGGAUUCCCAAGUCCCUCUCUAAGCAGGUUCUGCGGCCAGAGAAGAAUGACAAGGACUGCCUCCGUGUUGCCCUGCCUCCCCCGGAGCCAGCCAAGCAGCGACCACCUGUCGUGGUAGCAACCACAAAACCUUCUGUCCCCGACUGCACGGUCUCUUCCUCCGCCGGCAGUCACAGCUGGCACCCAGCCUCCCCAGGGGCUCCGAGACCCAAACGUCCGACCGCUCCGACAAAACCCUCAGAGGCUCGCCGAGCUGAAGCAGAUGUCGAGCUCGACAACAUGAACCGGAAUAACUCGUCGGAAGUGAAAAUGGCCACAGCCAUCGCGCUCACUGUACCGGGCCAGCCGACCAAGUGGACUGCCGUUCCCAGGGGUCCGCGGCCCCACCAGGCCGCUCGACAUUACAUGACUGUGCCCGCAGGAGGGGUGAGGGUGAACCGCAGGCACUCCUUUAAUGCAGACUCAUAUGCGGAGCGCUGCUAUGUGGCCUACCCAAAAACUGGGGCCAGUCUGCGCUCCAAACGCAGCCUGUCGAUGAGCGGAGAGUUGCCGCAGCUCGAGAGCACAACAAACAUUCGCCGGGCCAGGGACAAGCUCUCUAGGUCUGAGUGGCUUCUGGAGAGCACUUUAUGAUUUUGAAGUUUACUACCUGCACUCUCUUGGAUUGCUGGAUUGGAUUUGUGGCCCGUUGUGGAGCAGACAGGAUUUUAUGCCAUGUUUUUUUGAGCUUUUGCGCUCUUUAUCGAGGGACCUGUAGGCUUCUCUCAUAUAUCUGGGAGAAGGCAGGCGUACAGGGUGUAUGGGAAAUGUUUCACGUUUGUUUUCUACCUUAUAACCUAUCAAAGUCUUCUUUAUAACGGAAUUUGAUCAAACUUUGAUGAAAGGCACAACAAUGUAUAAAUCAACUUCAUGUACAAAAAUGUUUAGUUGUGUGAGAUACUGUAUAUCUCAGUACAACAGUAAGUGUUCAUGUGGUAUUGAAUGCAGUAAACCUGGACAUACUGUAUUAUAACAGAAGCAUCACGCAGGGGGAUGGGGUUAUUAUACUUACUAUCUCAUUGCCUGUUACUUAAAGUGAUACAAUCUCUGUAGACUACGAACAUGAUUCUUGUCUCCAGCUCUGCAGACAGUGACAUGUCUUAAUUACUUCGGAUGUGGUUUUGGAGAGAUUACGAAUGUGCUUUACAUCCCAGAGGUGUAGGAAAAGAAUGUAGUAGACUGACAGCGCU